AUGUCCCGAUCAGAGAAUAACAACGAAGACCUAACAACGAGUAGGAAUGAAAGUAGAUAUGAGGAUUGUAAGAUAGACUUUACACAGCACUUUGUAAAUGCAUUAAGUCUGAUAGGCCAUAUUGUAAUCGUAUUACAAUUCAUUAAAUUUGAAAGCUCUUUCUGGAUAUUGCUUGCAAGGGCAAGUUUUCAGUCUUUACUUACAAACCCCUUUCCAAGCAAUGCGCAACUGCGAAGGAUAGCACAAAGAACUGGGAGAACUACAACUCCCUCCACCGAUGUUGAUAUGCCAGGAGGAUUUACUAAUGCAACCAAUCUUAUAAAUAUACCUCAAAGUUCAGGUGAUAACUCGAAUAUUGCGAGUACUCAAAUUUCCACAGAAGACGAAAUAAUUGUUGUCAAGAAGAAAAUACGAAAAUUACUUUUCCAUGGCUCUGUAACUUUGAAUCUGAUAGUAUUCAUUUGGAAUAUCUUCCACCCAACUGAAUUUGUAGAGAAAUUAGACGGAUCAUAUCCUAAUGAAAAGUAUUUAAAGAAUGUCCCAUCACCUUUCAUUUCUGGAGAUGGGUUAUUAGGUGGUGAAUUUCGAGGAACCGCAUCCAUCCAGUUUAUCGGCGAAUCUAUACCUCAUAGUAAUUUUUGGGGAAACGUUAAUAAAUCUACAUACGAUUUCCUAAUUUUGAUUCUCCAGUAUACCCUUUUUAUCCUAACCUGCAUAAAUUUUGGUGAAAUGGGAUAUAUACCGCCCAAUGAUAAACGCAACGAAACAGAAGAUGGUUACAACGGUACUGUUCAUGCUGUUGAAGUAGACUUCAACAAAUCAAUAGAUAUUAUGGUAAAUGACAUGAAUGAUGGGUCUAUUUAA